CGUCGGAUUGACACCCCCUUGUAAAGAGGGGCGCCGGCGAAGCCCCCUAUGCCACCUCGCCGCCGCCGUGCGCUCAGCUGCGGAAAGAGACCGGCAAUCGAGAUACGAGAUGGUGCCUUUGAAAUUCCUCUCACGCUGGAUUCCUCGUCUCUCCAAUGUCGCCACCACUCCUGCCUCAGCGAACCGCCUCGCCUAUACAGCUCGACCUCUCCUCACUGCAUCUGGUAGGCCUCGCUGGAGGCCAUCAGCGCUUGCACAACGAGUUCCUCCAGGCUUCCCUGCAUUCAGUUCACCUAGCCGUCGUCUUUCCAGCUAUGCCCCUCCCGCCAAUAAUGUUGAAGAUGAGAGGAAAAGAAGCGGGAACGACAGUUUUUGUUUUAAAGAUGCUUCUGGGACAGCCUUGGAGGUCAUGGAUAGCAAACCUGAUGCACCUGGAGAAGUUUUGGCUGCAGCAGCGAUGCCUGAUUAUGUAGAGGAGAUAUUUCCAAAUAGCAGCCAUCGUGACGGUUCCAUAUACAGCGGCACAGACCAUUGGAAAACUGAUUAUCGUAUUUCUGACCGUAAUGAGACUUGGCUGGAGGCAAUGAUGUUUUCAGAUCCCACAGAUUGCAGAAUGCGCAAUGGAACUUGCAUGUCACACACAAGUUGUCACAUGUUGCAGUUUUUGUCAUUAAGGUUGGCUAAAGUUCCUGCGGAGCUUGGCUCAGUCGAGUUAUAUGGAUACAUUGCAGCUCGGGAUAAUAUGAAUCCAUUACUUAAUUAUAUCGUUAAUUUUAGCAGGGAUGAUCCCAUCAUGGUGAAGCAGGGCUCUCUCAUCAACAUGUCUGGCCCUAAGCGAGGGAUCGAAUUGGUCGGUACUAUUCUAAUCGAAUAUGACAUGAAGAUCAAGGCAGGCAAAGAUGAAAAAGAAGAUCUACAGGUCAUCGAUGGUGUAUCAUGCUUGGAUAACAUAGACACAUGGGAUCGUACCCCGUUCACAUUUCGCAUCGAGGGCGAUUGUGGCGCAAUUGAUGUAGGUGUCUCACGUGUUAGCUUUGCGUAUGAGGCGACCAUCGAAGUUGUUGUCUCACAAGUUCAAAACGGUUUCAGCAUGUGUGUCGGUUGUUUUACCAGUGGGUUAGAUGAAGAAAUCCGGCUCUUUGAUGGUGCUAUUGGUGGGUCAUGUGUCCUAAAGAGGUCUGUGGUUGCUGUAUCGAGCGAUGAUGAGAUGGAAUUGAAGUUGAAGAUAGCUCCAGACUCGUGCACCCCUGCUGAAUACUGCUGUUGCUUCGAGGCGAAGAAGCAUGGGCGUGCUACUCAAGAGAUAUACACUGGUUUUGCAUUAAUCACGGUGAAGGUGACUUGGUCUACUCUAAUUAAGCCAAGAAGAACAGUAACAACCUUAGCCUGAACUUUUUCAAAAAUAAAAAGGUUGGGUCUAUGAUGAAUGAGGCAAGAGUAAGCAAAGAAGCUAAGGUAGUUUAUUGUUGUCGGCCUGUGUGGCAGGAACCAAAUACUCUACUAAUGAUGUUACAUCCGCCGAGGCCCACAUGAUCAUUUAGUCUCAGAUGGACGUGGAAGAGAGGAUGAUUGUCAAGGAUUCGGUGACAAGUGUCAGGCAGGAGCUACAUCCAUAGCCCAGAUAGAGGCUGCUCGUGAGGCUGUGAUAGAAGAAGUGGUAGCAGAAGCCUAAAUAGUAUAGAAGCAGAAGCUGGUCACGCAGCAGGAGUUGAUCACGUAGCUGCAGCCAGAGUCGUAGCAGGAGCAGAAGCCGUGAUCAGGGUGCAGGAUCAGAAUGCAGGCCGCGAGCAAGAUCUUGCUUAGAUGUGCCGCCACUGAAGUGGGGCCUGUUUUAGCUGGGCCCAUACCUGUACCUUGACCAGUAGUGGAUGUUGCUGCACUCAAACCUGGACAAUUGUUUGCCGGCGUAUCUGAUGUCACCUAUGUCGCCUGGUGGCUUGGUUCAGGUCCAGCAUGGGUGGGGGCAAUGCCAACAUCAGAGGUGCAUAAACUUACCAGCCUUCUCAUGGGAAUGAUCUUGUGAUACCAACAAGCUUUUCUGCAGCUGAAAAUUCUGCAGUUCAGCAGAAUGCCCCAUGAUGUAAGCUGGUGGAUAGACCAGGGGCAGGGGCAGGGGCAGGGGCGGAGCCACACCCUGGGCAACCCUGGCCACGGCAUGGGACGUUACUGUAGCCACAGUCAAUGAAGGUGGCCCGGGGCGCUAUGAUAUUCUGCCUAGGGCAGGUUCACCUGGACGGCCAUACUGAAAACAUUGAUAGAAUUGCAAAGAUUGUCAUUUGUGAAACUGAGUUGUAUUCCUGUUCUCCAGACCUGUACCUCUUAUGCAGGUGCCUGAUUAUCCCGGACUCCUUGUAGAUUGUUUUGUUUUCUUCCUUCUCCGGUAGGGAUGAUUGGUCCAUGUGAUGUAAAUUUCCCCGUAGAUGCAGCUGGAUAAAUGCUGAUAGGAUUGAGAUGUUAUUUCCGUGCUGUUGUGAACUUGUGAUUCGGCAAUUCUUUGCUCUUGGCGA